AUGGAGGAGCAAACCCAAAGCAAUUGGCCAACGGGUGGAGACGGUAUAGCUACGAGACAGGCCAUGAGUGAUAGCGAAAAACCGACUGGGAUAGAUAUUCCUAGGAAAAACACGAACGAUUACAAUAGCGAGGCGGCUGGAAAUGAUGGGAUCACGCCCUCGUCGAUUUCCCCUCUUCUUUUAAGCAAAAAUACUAAGAAAGCGAUGCAGUCGAUUGCCCCAAUCCUGGAAGGAUUUAAUCCGAAAACUUCCAACAGCGAGAACAUGUCUCUUAAAUUACCUCCUCCCUCACUGCCUAAAAGCGAGGCUUUAAACGAACUCGAAUUCGAGGCUGCCAUUCAAAGAUCUAUGAGCAUGGGCUCUUCGCCGGAAAUACUUACCAUGCCCGCUGGGAAUACGUCGGAUUCUGCAAUAUUGGAUGCAAGUAGUAGUGUGUUAUCGUCGGAUAACCAACCUAUCGCAGAUAUCUCUUUCCCUCCAUCUAUCACUACCACAAACAACUCUUCGCUGCUGGGAUCUCCUACGGGUUUUACCACACCAACUGCAACUGCAUCCUCGGUAGCAACUGUUGGUGCGCCGUCUACGCCAAGUUCCACAGCCUCCUCUAGAAAGGGCUCGACAAGUCAUCCGAAACCUGUGCUACCUAGAAUAGGUAAGAUUGGUGUCUGUGCGAUGGAUGCCAAAGUUUUGUCCAAACCUAUGCGCCAUAUACUGAAUAGGUUGAUCGAAAACGGGGAAUUCGAAACUAUCAUCUUUGGAGAUAAAGUUAUUCUUGAUGAAACGAUCGAGAACUGGCCCACUUGUGACUUCCUCAUUUCCUUUUUUUCGACAGGAUUCCCAUUGGAUAAAGCCAUCUCGUAUGUUAACUUGCGGAAACCGUUCUUGAUCAACGACUUGGUUAUGCAAAAAGCUUUAUGGGACAGAAGAUUAUGUCUGCAAUUGUUAGAAGCGUCUAACGUACCAACACCACCCAGAUUGGAGAUAUCGAGGGACGGUGGACCAAGAGCCAAUCAAGAGUUGAGGGCAAAGUUGCUAGAAAAGGGUGUCAACUUGAAACACUUGGAUGAACCCCAGUUCAGAAUGGUGGACGAUGACACAUUGGAAGUUGACGGCAAGACAAUGACGAAACCGUUUGUCGAAAAGCCGGUCGAUGGGGAGGACCACAACAUUUACAUAUACUAUCAUUCAAAGAAUGGAGGUGGUGGACGUCGGCUUUUCAGGAAGGUCGGAAAUAAAUCUUCUGAGUUUGAUCCGACGCUACUGCAUCCUAGAACGGACGGGUCGUACAUUUACGAAGAGUUUAUGGACACGGAUAAUUUCGAGGAUGUUAAGGCAUAUACGGUUGGUGAGAAGUUCUGUCAUGCAGAAACAAGAAAGUCCCCCGUGGUAGAUGGUAUAGUUCGGAGGAAUACGCACGGUAAAGAAGUAAGAUACAUUACCGAACUUUCUGAAGACGAAAAGGAUAUUGCACAUCACGUAUCAAAAGCCUUCUCUCAGAUGAUAUGUGGGUUUGAUUUGUUAAGAGUUGGCGGGAAAAGCUACGUUAUUGAUGUCAAUGGGUUUUCAUUCGUGAAAGAUAACUCUGCCUAUUAUGAUUCUUGUGCCAAAAUCUUGAGAGAGACUUUUAUUCAAGCGAAAAAGAAAAUGGAUGUUGAAAAGAGGAAGCUACCGCAAAUCAGGGAAGAGAAAAGCCAAAAAUGGGUAUUUAAAGGUCUUGUCACAAUCAUACGCCAUGCUGACAGGACUCCGAAACAAAAGUUCAAGCAUUCUUUCACCUCACCAAUAUUCAUUUCAUUGUUAAAGGGCCACAAAGAAGAGGUUGUAAUUAGAAAUGUCAGUGAUCUGAAAAUUGUUUUACAGGCACUAACUAUCGCUUUGGAAGAAAAAGCAGAAGACAUUGCUAAAUUGAACCUACUGUAUAAAACCCUGGGCAAAAAAAUAGAUCUACCUGGGACCAAAAUCCAAUUGAAGCCUGUUAUGGACAAGGAUAACAACGUUGAAAAAGUGCAGUUUAUUCUAAAAUGGGGAGGAGAGCCAACACACUCUGCUCGUUGGCAAGCUACCGAAUUAGGUGAGCAAAUGCGCCAAGAUUUCGACUUGCUAAACAAAAGUGUUUUGCAAAACAUCAAAAUAUUUUCGUCGUCUGAGAGACGGGUUUUGCUCUCUGCACAAUUUUGGGCCGCGGCUUUAUUCGGUGACGACGAUUAUAGUAGUGAAGAGACUAGUAUCAGAAAAGAUUUAUUAGACGACAGCAAUGCUGCCAAGGACCUGAUGGAUAAAGUUAAAAAGAAGCUGAAACCACUUUUACGUGAGGGUAAAGAGGCUCCACCUCAGUUCACCUGGCCUGCCAAGAUGCCUCAGCCCUAUCUUGUGAUCAAAAGGGUUGUCGAAUUAAUGAAUUAUCACAAGAAAAUCAUGGACAAUAACUUCGCCACAAGAGAUGUUGACACCAUGCAGUCUAACUGGUGUUGCUCGGAGGACCCAAGUUUGUUCAAAGAGAGGUGGGACAAACUGUUCAAAGAAUUUGCGUUCGUUGACAAAGUCGAUCCAUCCAAGAUCUCAGAGUUGUAUGAUACUAUGAAGUACGAUGCACUUCAUAAUAGACAUUUCCUGAAAAAUAUUUUCGAUCCACACGAACGCAGUGGACUGAUUGAUAAUGAACUUGACAGACAUUCGUUAGUUGAUAGAUAUCCAAUUAAUGUCCUCGCAAAGAACAACUUCAAGAUAGUAGAUAACCAAAAUUCCAGUAAUGACUCUUUGUCCAACAAAACAGUGGGUUCUUUAGGGUGGGUAUUAGAGAGCUGUAAGAAGCCAAUAGAUGACUCAAAAUUAACGUCUCCGUUUGACGAACACAAAUAUAAACAGCUCAGAGAGCUGUACAAGCUGACAAAAGUCUUGUUUGAUUUUAUUUGUCCGAAAGAGUACGGGAUUCAGGAUGCAGAAAAAUUGGAUAUAGGUCUGCUCACCUCACUACCGCUGGCAAAGCAAAUUCUGAAUGAUAUCGAUGAUAUGAAAAAUAGAGAAUCGCCUGCUUGUGUGGCGUAUUUUACCAAGGAAUCGCACAUAUACACAAUGUUGAACAUUCUUUACGAAUCUGGUAUCCCGAUGAGGAUUGCGAGAAACGCCCUUCCAGAGUUUGAUUAUUUGUCACAAAUUAACUUCGAACUAUACGAAAGUACGGAUGCAUCUGGCCAAAAAUUACAUUCCAUUAGAUUGAAAAUGUCGCCAGGUUGCCAUACCCAAGAUCCGUUAGAUGUCCAGCUGGAUGAGAGACAUUAUAUCAGCUGCAUUCCCAAACUUUCGUUGACAAAACACUUAGAUAUGGACUACGUGCAACAGAAACUGAGAAACAAGUUUACAAGAGUGAAUAUGCCAAAGAAAUUCACACCAGUCAAUAUCACCAGCCCGAACCUAACUUUUAGAAAACCUGGUUCUAUUGAUGAGAAGAAAAACCCGGAACCAAAUUCUGGAGUAACCACUCCCAACAUCCCAGCAACAAUGUCGCAUUCGUCCUCGAACCUUUCCAUCGAUGGUACAUUAAAAGGUAAUUGA